GACCAGCAUCCUGUUCUCACAGGAGCCAACCGGAUGUCCCAGAUGGAAACCCGCGAGCAGGAGCUGCCACCUGAGCGAGGCGUCAUGCCUCUAGGAGGGGAGGGAGAACAGAGCCAUCAUACCAACGGAAGGGAAGGGAGAUACUCUGUGAAGAAUGAUGACAAAGACUCAAUCCGGAAGGUCUCCGGCUUCCAGGGGGAAGAAAAGGGGUGCAGUGGAACCAUUUCAGAAGCCAGUGAUGUUUGAAGAUGUGGCUGUGUAUUUCACGGAGGGCCAGGGGGCUCUACUGGACCCACAACAAAGAUCAUUGUACAGGGACGUCAUGAUAGAGAACUACAAGAAUGUCACUUCACUGGGAUUUCCAGUCUCUAAGCCUGACCUUAUCAUCCAGCUGGAACGAGGGGAAGAGCCAUGGGUGCCAGACCUUCAGGCCUUGGGUGAAAUGCUGAUCUCUGGCUCCACAUCAGGGGAAGGGAAGUCUACGAAAAAGAAGCAACACUCAGAGCCUGGGGAAUAUUAUGCUAAGAUGCCACAUCUUACUAGACAGCCAGGAGUCCACAAAGGAGAGAAACCAUUUAAAUGCCUCGAGUGCGAGAAGAAUUUCCCUAGCAAUUCACAGCUUGUGAGGCAUCUGAGAAUCCACACAGGAGAGAAACCAUUUAAAUGCCCCGAGUGUGGCAAAUGCUUUACUCAAAAACCGAACCUUAUGCUACACCAGAGAGUCCACACAGGAGAGAAACCCUUUCAGUGCCUCGAGUGUGGGAAAUGCUUUGCUUAUCAAACCGCCCUUGUGAGCCACCAGAGAAUCCAUACAGGAGAGAAACCCUUCCAGUGCUUGGAGUGUGGGAAAGGGUUUGUUCAGCAAUUACAUCUUGAUAGCCAUCGGAGAGUCCACACAGGAGAGAAACCUUUUAAAUGCCCGGAGUGUCGGAAAUGCUUUGCUCACCAUACAAGCCUUGUGGUACACCAGAGAGUGCACACAGGCGAAAAACCCUUUCGGUGCCUGGAGUGUGGGAAAAGCUUCAGUCUGCAGUCAAUUCUUGUGAAUCACCAGAGAAUCCACACAGGAGAGAAACCCUUUGAAUGCCUGGAGUGUGGGAAAUGCUUCACUCAAAAAACAAACCUAAUGCUGCACCAGAGCGUGCACUCAGGAAUAAGACCUUUUCGGUGCCUAGACUGUGGGAAAUGUUUUGCUCAUCAGUUACAUCUUGAUAGCCAUCUGAGAGUCCACACAGGAAAGAAAUUUUUUAAAUGCCUGGAGUGUAGGAAAUGCUUUGUUCACCGGAAAAGCCUUGUGCUACACCAGAGAGUGCAUACAGGAGAAAAAUCCUUUCAGUGCCUGAAGUGUGGAAAAUGCUUUGCUUACCAGUCAGCCCUUACGAGGCACCAGAGAAUCCACACAGGAGAAAAACCCUUUCAGUGCUUGGAGUGUAGGAAGUGCUUUACUCGACAAAAAAAACUUGUGCUGCACCAGAAAGUGCAUGCAGGAGAAAAACCCUUUCAGUGCUUGAAAUGUGGGAAAUGCUUUGCUCACCAAACAAACCUUGUGCUGCACCAGAAAGUGCAUGCAGGAGAAAAACCCUUUCAGUGCCUGGAGUGUGGGAAAUGUUUUGCUUAUCAAUCAUUCCUUAUGAGACACCAGAGAAUCCACACAGGAGAAAAACCCUUUCAGUGCUUGGAGUGUGGGAAAUAUUUUGCUCGACAAACAAACCUUGUGGAUCACCAGAGAAUCCACACAGGAGAGAAACCUUUUCAGUGCUUGGAGUGUGGGAAAUGCUUUGCUCGACAAACAAACCUUGUGAGACACCAGAGAAUCCACACAGGAGAUAAACCCUUUCAAUACUUGGAGUAUGGGAAAUGCUUUGCUCGGCAAACAAAUCUUAUGGAUCCCCAGAGACAGAAGCCUUUUCAAUGCCUGGAAUGUGGGAAAAACUUUGCUUAUCAGUCAGUCUUUUUGAGACACCAGAGAGUCCACACAGGAGAGAAACCCUUUAAAUGUACAGAGUGUGGGAAAUGUUUUGCUCGACCAACAAACCUUGUGGAUCACCAGAGAGUCCACACAGGAGAAAAACCAUUUCAAUGCAUGGAGUGUGGGAAAUGCUUUGCUCGACAAACAAACCUUGUGAGACACCUGAGAGUCCACAGAGCACGUGAUUUGAGGAAGAAGUGCUCCAGACCUAAGCAUGGGAAACAGUUUGUUAGGAUCUGAGCUUGACAAGGCCUCAUGGGAGCCAUGCAAGAAAGAGAACUGUGUGAUUGAUUUCCAUGUGAGAAAAAUCUUGGCCUUCAUCAAUAGAGAAUCCACGUGAAAGGGAAACUGUACAAGCAACUUGAGUGUUACCUAAGAUUACAGCUGAAAAAUUCAUUGUGAGAUUGCAAAAACCAAUAUUGAAAAGGAAAUGUUUAUUAAUGAAUGGAAUGAUCUCCCCCGCCCCAGAUAUCUGGCAGGCGCCAACAGUAGUGAUACUUCAUCAACUUGUACAAAUGUCUCUGUUCGCUCAGGCCUGUUUUUAUUGUUUUUUAGCUAGGGCUGGUGUUUAAUGGUGUUUUAUGUAUUUUGGUGGGUCUUAAGUUAUUACGUUGUACAGCGCUUUGGCAACUUCUGGUUUAAUGGUGAUAUAUAAACUAUUUUAAUAAAUUAAUAAUAAAUAACUAUAAUGACCAGCAAGAGGGAAGAUGCAAGGAUGCAUGCCACCAUUGCCGGUUUUGUUUGCUUAUAAAAGUAUUUAUAUACAGCCCUCUUGCAAAACAUCAGGGUGGUGUAGAGCAAUACAAAAAAAAUUCAAAUAAUACAGAACAAUAGUUAUUGGCAAGAUGUUGACCUGGUAAUACAAUGCUUAGCUACAUUAGUAAUUUGGGAAAUGAACCAAGAACGAUAAACAGCAAUGACACUUGUGAUAUCUCCUUUAUCAGAUAAAUUUGUUCAAGAAUGACACGCAAUUCUAUAUACCCUCUCCCCGGGAGUGGGUACCACUGAAUGUAUCUGGAGUUACCUCUGAGUAAUCCUAGAUAGGAUUGAGCUGCAAUUGAGAAAUAAAUUCCACUGCAGAGAUUGUAAUGCGGGCCAACUUUGACAGGUGGGUGGGGUAAUCCAUCUGUCAAUCAUCAUCGUAACAUUGCAUGAUUGACAUGUGGGUUGUCUCCCCUGCCUGUCAAAAUCCCUUGUGCAGGGUUCCCAGUCUUGGGAACCAUAGUACAGGGGGUAUUGCCAGCUCUGUGCUUUGCAAUCCUCCCAGCACUUUUCCAUUUUACCCCUGAUGUUGGACCUAAUGCAGGUCUCUUGAUCUGAUAAAGCAAUCCCCAUCUUUAGCUGUAUUUGUAAUUAUUUCCUGAAAUACUUGGGUGUAUGUUUUAUUUUCUUAAAUAAAUCUUUCUCUUGUGUUAA